CAAAAUCAAGAAGAGGCAUCUCUGAACAUAUCGAAACAAUCAAAAAAAAGAUAUCGCAACCAAGAUCGAAUCAAAAAUGAACUCGAAACACAGUUCCCUGGAGGAGAAAGUGAAACUGCCGCCCACGGAGACAAUAAGCCGCUGCUACCAGCCGCAGCAAAGCAACCGCAAGGUCAUACGCAUCCUGACCGUCGCCGUCUAUGUCCUUUGCGUUUCGCUGGCGGCCAUCAUGCUCUCGCUGUACUACAUCUUCAUCUGGGACCCCACCAUCCGCCCCUUCGUCACCAAGGCCACGCAUUGCGAUAAAAUUGUGAUACCCGAAAAAAUAGCCAUUCGCCUCCUAAACUCAUCGGAAGUGACCGCGGAGCAGUUCUACAAGCACAUCCUCGAGCAGUACCGCAUCCUCAGCCAUAUGCAACAGCAACGCCAGCAGAUCCUGCAGCGGCAACAUCUCCAACUGCAGCAACUGGAGGCGAACAAUCGCUUCCAGGAGGUCUUUGCCACGGCCACCAUAAUCCAGGCACAUCCGCAUCCCCAUCCGCAUCCCAGGGAGCCGCCAAAGAAGCCGCUCUUGGGUCCGUAUACCCCGCUAUCCGGAAAUAUGAGUCACGUGACGAUGGGUGGCGAUCAGAUGCCGGGCAAUUUGGAAACGGAGCCGGAGGCUCAUCUGCCCCUAAUAUUGGAUACCUCGCCGCCGGCCGAAGUCACCGGAAUGGGUCACUCGAAGCGCAAGACACAUCGUGGUCACUACAAACACCAUAGGGCUCGAACCGCUGGCCAAAAGAAGCUGUCGAUGGGCAACUCCAUUGCCAGUGGCAUGGCCAGUUCCACGCCGAGCACCACCAGCGGUGGAGAUACAUCUUUGGCGGCCACUGCGGCCACUUUGCCACAUGGCUACAUGGACACACCAUUGAAUCCGGCAGCCGGGACGAUUGUACAGCCACCACAACUGCAGCUAUACACCUCGAUGCCCAUUCCGUUGAUCCUGAGUCCCAGCGAUGAGAAGCGUCCUUCGCACCACGCCCACGGACAUGGGCAUGGCGAGAGGCGGGGCGGCGGCGGAACGCAAUCCGGCGGACGACGAAGGACAACGACGGCCUCGGUUUCCGGUUACGAGGCACAGACCUACCUCAAUCCGUUCCUCACCGGCGAGCUGAUCUUCGAGAAGUAAGGGGCAUCAACCAUAAGCAUAGGCCGGAAAUUUUUUUUUUUUGCUAAGGCGUAUAGAGGGAUACACUACAGCCAAGAUCGGAAAUGGAGAUUAGCUCACAGAAAUGGUAACCCGCCCCAUACCUGAUCAUACCUAUAUCAAUGGAGAACUGUUUAGAAGAAAGGGCAGCACUACUCACAAUAAUUCAGUUAAGCUCAGUACUGGCAUAAGCUAUAUUCAUCAGUUAGCUUAACUUAUAUAUAUUUCAAUUAACUUGGUCAAUCAUAAUUUUAAAUCAAACGCGAUAUUAAACGUUUCAUAUUGAAAUUUUGAAGUACAUAUAUAUGUAUAUGUUUUUUAUGCGUAGAAUGUUUUUGCAAUUUAACCAAAUCGAAGAUUUAUAGAAAUAAAUUGGAAACAAUCCUUUGAUUAAUCGCUUGUUCUAUAUAGUGUUUUUAGAUAGCCAAACCAAGUAGAUCUGAUGUAUAACUAAUUUCAGCUACAGUUAAAAGACUUGACUUACGUCCGUACUGAGCUAUAAAUUGGUCUAUAUAUACAGAGCCCGACGCGGCCACAUAUAGAGGUUAAUAAACGUUAUGUACUACAAAUGGAUAGUUGAAACCAUAGCUAAACGAUAGUCGAUGUACCAACCACACACAACCACUCAACUAAACUAAAACAACACACUCGAAAGGAACACACGCAUAAUACGGGACCCACUUCAGUAGAAACUCACUCGAAUAUCAGCGAUCACGGAUCCAGCGAUCACGGAUCACGGAUCACAAAUCACGGAUCACACAGGCGGCUCACCUCACCAAGCUCAGCAGCAAACUCACCCCACCUAGAACACUGCUUCCAGGCAGCUAGCGAAUGCUACACCAACUACAAUAAUUAGCCAACCCUAGAGUAACCAGUUUACCAGUUUACCAGUAAUCACCAAUUACCAGUAACCAGUAACCAGUAACCAAUCCAAGGAGUAUACCCCCAAUAACGGGGAAGCGGAUAAAUGUCACUAUAAUUCAGCAUCAGAACGAAUCACACUUCACACACAUACACCUUCAAGUCACCUACUGCUAGGACUGUGUCACUGCCAAAUAUCGGUUAUAUGCAGGCUAUAAGAGGUUUAUAUAUUUCCCUAAUCAAGUUAUUCUCGAUGGAAACUAUCAGUUGAAUAUAAUAGUAAAUUUAAUAGUAAAUUGAAAAUCGUUUGAGUUUGUCACCAUCGAAAGAACUUGAGGGUAGUUAUAUGUAAAACACUUUGCAGAAAAUAGAUGUCUGCUUAAUUAGUCACAACUUAAAUGUUAAACAAGAGAUUCGUUCUUCAAGGUGGCCCAUAAAUAUUAAGCCGACGUAUAACCUAUAGACACUUUAAAAGAUAAAACCCAGCGUGCUCAAUUCAAUAGCGACUCUAUAUAUGACUAUGCAUAUAAGGGGCAUAUAACCGAUGUGUGACGUGACAUUUGCUUGGUCUAUUAUUCACAUACUCAAACACCAUGAAUGCAAACCAAACAACAACCAAAUACACUAAGCGAAAAAGCGGGAUUGAUUGUUGGAGGGAAGACAACGGAAGAGAUUGAGCGAAACUGCAUCUGCAUCCAAGGACACGAGAAUUGAAUUCAUCAAUAAUAACAUACGUAUAAACGAUAUGCAUACGAUAUAGAAUUAAAUCUGUAACUGAUGGGCAUAUACCGCAUAUAUAUCUUAUAUACCGCAUAUAUCUUAUAUAUGUAUACCAAGAAAAACAAAGUCAU